CAAACAUUAGCGAGCUAGCCAGUUGCCUGGUUGGCUAGUUACUCUCAUGCGCAACGUAGUUAGCUGGAACGAAGGCUUGCGGAUAGAAAGCAAUGCGCUUUCAUCCAGUAAAUGUCACAGGUUUUACUCAGCUGUCGACGUUAGUUAAACUUUACCCGACGUUUUGAUGCAGAGAGCAUUAGGUACGAGUAGUCAUUAGCUUGGCAUCAUUAACGGGCGGAGCAGAGGGCUCUUUUCUCUGGGAAAAGUGGCUAACCUUAGCUAGGUAACCUUAGCACCGGAGUCACUGGCGUCUCCUCCUGCCACAGAGAAGAGCACAGGGAGGCUGAAGAUAUGUGAAUGUGGGUUAGCUCAUGUUGGCGGACACUGGAUGAUCUGAAACGUGAGUUUACAGGUGGUAUAUGUGUCCGUGUCACGUCACUGAAACUACCCAGACAGAGUGGAACUGAGUAAACCAGCCAAAGGUUGCCACCAUGUUGGAGGAGGACAUGGAAGUGGCCAUCAAGGUGGUCGUAGUCGGCAAUGGAGCUGUUGGCAAGUCCAGUAUGAUCCAACGGUACUGCAAGGGCAUCUUCACUAAGGACUACAAAAAGACUAUCGGAGUUGACUUCCUGGAAAGGCAGAUAGUUGUAAAUGACGAGGAGGUGCGGCUAAUGCUGUGGGACACUGCUGGGCAGGAGGAGUUUGACGCUAUUACCAAGGCCUACUACCGUGGGGCCCAAGCGUGUGUGCUAGUCUUCUCUACCACAGACAGGGAGUCAUUUCAGGCUAUCGACAGUUGGAGGGAGAAGGUGGAGGCGGAGGUCGGAGACAUUCCCACAGUUCUCGUGCAAAACAAAAUUGACCUUCUGGAAGAAACGGUUAUAAAAAACGAGGAGGCAGAAGGUUUGGCUAAAAGGCUCAAGCUGAGAUUUUACCGAGCUUCAGUAAAAGAGGACCUCAAUGUCAACGAGGUUUUUAAGUACUUAGCUGAGAAGUAUCUCCAGAGACUCAAACAGCAAACGGCAGAAGAGACAGAGGUGCUCCACACAACAAGCAAUAAAAUAGGUGUUUUUAAUACCACAAGUAGUAACGUCUGCAACCAGAGCUCCAGCAACGGCAGAGAAGUCAUCACUUUACGACCUAACAAACAAAGGACCAAGAAGAGUAAAAAUCCUUUUGGAAGCUGCAGUGUACUCUAGAUAAGAAUAAUUUAGUUUUAGUGACUCACUAUUGUUUCUGAGACUAAAAUUGGUCAUUAUUUUACUUUGUGGAGGUAGCCACAUUUAGAGACCAAAGCCUAAACAGACUGGGAAACACAACUCCAUACUACUUUAAUAACCUGACGUUUAAUCUGUAAGUUUUCUCCCCACACUGAUGGCUGAAUUUCCCUCAAUUCAGCCUCGGCUCUCCAGCAAUGAUCUGUGCACAAACCUUUGUAUCUUUGUAUCCUUGUGGUUGCCCUCAGUAACAGCAGCAGCUACAGUACCUGUUUGUUAUUUAGAUACGACUCGACAUACAAUCCUGUCAUCAAAGCAGCAAAGGUUGCACUCCUGAUCUAUGAAAACUCCUCUUUAUGAUUUUGACAGUCUCCCCUUCCUGUGUUUGACAUUUCAACUGUGCAAUAUGUUUGCGUGUAUUGUAGGAUACAAAAAAAAAAGUACCAUAUUUUUUCUGUCAGCACAAUAUGGUUCAAACUUUUAUUGUGGACAAAACACUAUCGAAUCCACAGUUAAUUCUCUGUGCAGAAGUAUUUUUGUACGAAUCAAAACAGUGUUGGGUGAUAUUUUCACUAAAGUGUUGACAUAGUGCCAAAUUUCCUCUUUCUGAACGUAACACUGCGGUGAUGAUGGAUGUAACAUGAAAUGAAUAGAAUGUGUUUUUAUCUAUAACCAAAUAUCAAUAACUAUCGACACAAAAUAUUCCUCUAUAUGUCUGCUCACACGCUUAUUUACAGAUUUGCUAAUCGGGACUUUCACAAAGUUUCAGACUUUGUGAUGUAAAACACAAGUUGAAGUCACAGUCAGUUAUAGCGUUAUGUUUUUAAUUGCAGUUGUUUACAUUUUACAUAUGUAAAUGCUUUUCUUUAACUUUGGUACAGCUUUUCCAGAGUAAGCAAAUAUCAGUAUCUAUGUUUUCACGUUUCACUUUAUUUCUAACAUUUCAAACACUAAACAUGGUACAAGAUUUUGGAUUUUAUUUCUCGGUUUUGCUUCUGUAGUAUCUAAAUAAAAUUUCUACUUUGUAAAUAUUA